UUCGAAUCUAUCGACCUGCUACCACCUUAUCCUAAUAAUAACGAAGCUAACCGAGUAACCCCCAAAAUCCAGCAGGAAGAUUACAGUUUGCAUUGAAAGAAUGCCCGUCGUGCGCAACCGCCGUCGCGCUCCCGACGACGAAGAUGAGUCGAAUGUGAAUUCUGAGGCCUCGUUUGAUCCCCAGCAUGGUCCCUCCCAACGACCCACACAGCAACAAAAACGACAGCGGCGCCAGGCCUCUGACUCCGAUUCAGAUGCUUCUACAGAUGGCCGGUCGACGCCGGAGAUCUCCACCCAGCUUCACAGAGCCAUUGAGGUAAUGGUCAAGAAGCUUGUACGACUCGCACUGGCGAGCGAGUAUUCGCGGCAGGUCAUCCGGCGAACCGAUAUCAGAGACAAAGUGCUGGGGGAGCAAGGGUCGAGGCAGUUUAGGCAAGUUUUCGACGGAGCGCAGAGGGAGUUGAUGGAGAAAUUCGGCAUGCAGAUGGUGGAGCAGCCGUUGAGGGAGAAGGUGACGAUUAGUCAAAGGAGAGCCGCCCAACGCACCGAGCGACCUGCCACAACCACCAAAACCUGGACUCUCACAACCAUCCUCCCCGCCGCUUACCGGACCCCAGCCAUCCUCCCGCCAACAAGAGCGCCCUCCUCCGUAACCGAAAGCACCUACACCGCCAUCUACACCUUCAUAAUAUCCGCCAUCCUUCUCUCCGGCGGCUCCAUACGCGAACAGAAGCUAGACCGCCUCCUCCGUCGCGUCAACGCCGAUAACUUCACACCCAUCGACCGCACGGAUAGGCUGCUGGCGCGCCUAUGUAAGGAAGGUUAUAUCGUGCGUAACCGGGAGAUGGAUGGUGGGGAGGAGGUUGUGGAGUAUCUUGUUGGGCCUAGGGGAAAGGUUGAGGUAGGUGUCGCGGGCGUGUCUGGGCUGGUACGGGAGGUGUAUGGAUUUAGUGAAGGGACCCUUGAUGGGGUUGACAGCAUGGAUGCGGCGGGUAAGAGACAGGAGGAGGUGGAGGCGUUUGAGAAGAGGUUGAAGAGAAGUUUGGGGAUUCGGGAACCGUUGCAUUUCGGGAAGGAGGAUGGUGAUGGUGAUGGGGACAGUGAUGCUUGAUGACGAGUCUGUCAUUCCUUGUUAUAUCCUCCUCCCGAAUAUGUUGGUUGAAUAAAAUUAAACUUAUUGCAUGUAUUUCUUCCCAACUUCUUUUAUUUCCCCCUUUUGUUGCUAAAGGAGUUUACGAUUUCAAUGUUGUCUUUUUUUCUUUCUUCUUUUUGCAAUUUCUGGAGCGUAUGAUGUCAGUUUUCAAAUAAUAAAUGGUUUAAAAUCU